AGAAAGCAAAUCGCUCUAGUCGGUCAAAUCACAUACCAAAAUAACACGCAGUGCCUAACAACAGUGGCGGUCGAGUAUGUCAAACCUAUUGACGAGUUGUUGAAUAGAGUGCGGUAUCUAAGGACAGCCGUGGCCCGCUAUACUGGCUUUAUCUGUGACGUAUAUCACCUAUUCUUGUUUGCGACAUAAGCACACAUAAUGUAUAGACAAUUCACCCUUGCGUGUGUGUAUAGGCGCUUGCAAGGAUUUUCCGCUGUUAUUACUAUGCAGGUGAACACUGGCGUAUCCCCUGGUGUUUUAGAUAUCGAAUAGCGCUGUAAUUCAGCUGGGUCGGUUGCGUGAUUGCUUUGAGCUCUGUGCAAACGUGAAUAUCAACACACACACGUACACAACACACACGGAGGUCGAUCGAGUUUACAAAUACAAACGCAUGCGCAGACAGGCCAUACAUAUCGUAAAUUUUCAAGUGGAUGGCGGUAGUGUGAGUUGGUUAUGAAUCAAUUCAAGGCGUAUCGGGAAUAUUUGUGCUUCUACUACACGUCUAACGUGAAGUUUAGUUACAUGUGCGGCUGACUGUGAGAGGCGUACGUUCGGCAACAUGUCAAUGCCGCACAGGGCGCCCCGACAACAAUGUUACCUAUGCGACUUGCCUAGAAUGCCCUGGGCGAUGGUCCAUGAUUUUACUGAACCUGUGUGUCGUGGUUGUGUUAAUUAUGAAGGAGCGGAUCGUAUUGAAAUGGUCCUUGAUGCCGCACGACAAAUGAAAAGAUCACAUGGAUUUCAUGAAUCGAGACCUUCAUUAAAAUCUCAUCAACCUCAUGGGAAUUUAUCAUCUAAUAGAAGUACAUCGGAACAUGGACCUAUGGAACCUCCGAGACCACUUCCGGGCCAAAUCGAAAGGUAUGAAAAUAGAAAUAGAAACAUUAUAGGUGAUUACAGCGCGUCUCCUCAAAGAUUGGCAAAUGGUAUCCCACCUGCGGGGCCAAAUGGGGUUCAUGGGAGGGGUGAUGACACCGCAACAGACCAUCAUAGGACCCCAACUAUCCCUGUUACGUCACGAACUGUAUUCCCAAUGCAUCAUCCCCUGAUUCACAGUACAGCCGGUAUUGGAAUCCUACCCCCGGGACGUCAUGGGUUCGGUUCGGGUCCCGGGUCAAAUCUUAGCGGUCCCGUCCCGCCAAAUGUCCUACAUAACGGUAAACACGACGGAGAGGAGGGGGAUUCACAUAACUCACAUCAUAAUGAGGAAAAUCCAUUCAAGUUUAGUUCUCCAGAGGAAAUGGCCAAAAGACCACCUAUAGUACGAGAAACUGUGUCAAUGUUAUCAUCAUCAGUACCAUUUGAAAUCAGAUUUAAGAAAGAUCAUAAUGUUUUUGGACGUGUGUUUGCAUUUGAUGCCGUUUCAAAGAACGGGAUAGACUUUGAACUGAAGGUGUUCAUGGAGUAUCCACUAGGCUCAGGAAACAUUUAUAACAGUGCGUCAAGUGUGGCUAAACAAAUGCAUCAUGACAGUGGAAAGGAUGUGGGCAAAGGUCUGUCGUCCGGGUACAAAUAUCUGGAAUACGAAAUGAAACAUGGACAUGGUGACUGGAAGAUACUCAGUGAACUUUUGUCAGAAACUGUCAGGUUCUUCAAGGAACCUGUCAAACAGGAUUUACUUCCGGCACCAUACGUUCAUCAUAACAUACCGCCUUUGCCUUCACCGUCCACUUGCUUCCGGCAAACAACACCCGGCGGACUCCCCCGUGGACCAGUAGGACAAAACUCAUUAGAUGGACAGGGAAAGAAACGGAAAGCAUCGCCGGAGCCAGAUAGCGAUUUCGGGGAACACCGGAAACGUCAACAGUGGAUACAAAAUCAAACGGAAGCUCUUAAGCUGACAAUUACUUCCGCCGGCUACGGCUCGGCCAGUUCUACAUCAGUGUCGCCUUUGAGUAACCAUACUCCAACACCGCCAGAUGGCGCAAAUGGGCCUGUCCAUACAGGGCCAUCUCCAAUGGCGGCAUUAAUGAAUGUAACUGACAAUUUAGCUUCCGGUUCCGGUUCUCCAGUUCGCAGUGGAAAUGAGGGAAGCAGGUCGUCGCGACACAACAGUCAUUCCCCCACAAGUACACAACAACAGACAUUACGUGGAUUGAGAACCACGUCGGGUGUAACAGGGGAGGGGACGUCAACAAUGCCUGAAUCAACAGUACCCUCUGAAUCUCUCAAAUGUACCAUCUGUCACGAACGAUUGGAAGAUACACACUUUGUGCAAUGUCCGUCUAUAGGGGAUCAUAAGUUCUGUUUCCCCUGCUCUAGGGAUAGUAUCAAACGCCAGGGGGCAGGAGCAGAGGUUUACUGCCCCAGUGCUAAAAAGUGUCCACUCGUGGGCUCGAACGUUCCGUGGGCUUUUAUGCAAGGGGAAAUAGCAACUAUUCUUGGCGAUGACUACAAAGAUAUGAAGAUCAAGAAAGAGCGAGAUACUUGAGGGACUUCCACCACUGAACUAUUCGGUAAUGUUUUCCAUUCAAAUUUGUUUGUGGAUUCAAAAUUGGUGUGCAGGAAUAUGAAGGAAUCAAAGUUCGGUUUGUUACUUUUAAUGAACUUUGUGUGCAGAUACGUUGGCCCGAGUGUCAAGGCAGCAUGAAACCAACAGGUGUGGACUCUGCCCCGAGUGUCGGCUGACGUAGAUAUUGUGUGAUGUUUUAUCCAUUUUGAAUUGAGGUUUAGGCGCGGCACGUUCGAGUGAAUGUUGAUCGUGAUUUGUGACUGAGAGAAGUGUUAUCUGUGUGUUAUUUACGACUAAGGUCCUGGCCCCUUCACAGUGUCCGUGUAACGGAAAGUGACAAGUGUGUCACGGGAUAGCUCUUACGCGUGUUACAGUAACAAUAUACGUGAACUGAACAUAACGUGGAUUCAUUAGACACAAUUUUAAAUUGUCCGUGUUUGCUUUAAAAAGUAUUUGGCAUUUGUUUAAAAAAACUCAAAGGAUAGCAUUUAAAUGUCCUUUUGUCUUUUUUCAUAAUGAAAGAAAUCGUCUUUUUUCUUCAUCUGGUGUUGUAGGUAGUUGUCGCUAUCACCAACUGUUAUACAUACUCUGGUACAUAGCUUUUUAAUGUAGUAGUUCACGAUCCUGUUCAAUGGCAUUGUUGUUCACAUAGCUGGAAUAUUGACACAAUGUUCUGGGUACAUCCAUACCUUUUCACGUUUUGUAAAAGGUUUCAUCAUUUUGUUUACUGUGCACAGAAAGAUAGUUCGUUGACUGUUUGAUAUCGGUUAGGAGCCCAAUGUGCUAAUACAACAUUUUAGACAUCAGUUUUUAUUUUACAUCGCACAGAAAGUAUUGUUUUAUGUUGUCUUAUGUGUUGGGUAAUGUAAGGUAUCGGAGCUGAAUGCACUACCGGGUAAGCCAUGUACCUUUCUAGAAGGUGUAGGAAUCUCUGAUACCGACAUCAUUCGAACCUGAUUAUGAUUUUUUUUGUAUGAUUAGUGUUUUUGAUAUUCAGCUAGUGUGGCAUGUUCAGUGUAAAUAAGUUAAAAGGUGAGAAAAAAUCUCAAGUUAAGGGUAAAUAAGUUUUCAAAACGGACUGGUUCCAAGGUUGGUUUAGAAUUGAAUAUGAAAGAUAUAACAGAUAUCGACGGUUUGUGUAUAUAUAUAUAUUGUAUACAGUUCUUGAUGAGUGCUAUAUGUUUUAUGGAAACAUCACGGUUUGUGUACUAUAAGUGCUAUCUGAAACAAGUAAUGUUUACAGCGAGAAUAUUUGUUCACUGAAGUCAGUAGGAGUCUGCUUUGUCGGAGUGUGGAGUUGGAAAGGUCUCUAGCGAGAAACUAGUUCAAAUGCGUCAUUUUGAUUUAAAUCUUUUUCAGUCGGAGUAAGGAAACAUUUCUAACGAGAAAAUAUUGUAAAUGCGUUAAUUUGGAAUCAAUCGUAUUUCUUACAGAAAGGAGUGUAUGAGCUAGUGGUUACACCCUAGACUAGUUGUGACAUUAUCAAUGGCUUGGGGUUUGGGCAAACCGAAACUUUGGGGAGGGAGAUUUUUUUCGGUUCAGUUGAGAAUUCCAUCAGUUACAUCACGUAGAUGUUUCCUAGUUAUCGAGGGCUAAACCAGGAUAGAGUUUUACUCGUAUUUUAUUCCUUUUUGCGAUAAUGCUUCCAACAUUGCCCAUUAUGUAUUGCAUAUGUUUGGAAGAAGGGAUUUCCGGAUUAGUUUUAGCAAAGUCAGCGUAAUUAAGAAAUCAUGAGUAAGAGGGGGAAAGAUGGAUAUUUUUAAGGAGGGGAUUUAAAUUUUGUUAUUGUCAACUGUUGACUCUUCAAACGUUCAGAGUUGCUAUUUUUGUGGGGAUAAGGAUGGGGGAGGGAGGGAUGUCUUUUUUUUAUUAGGCAAUAAAGCUAUAGCAAUUUUGAUUUUUUGUUUAAAAUUUAGGAUGAGUCCGAUUUUUUGGCUAAGACUAGAUAGAAGGAAAUCACUGUAAAGAAUUAUGUUUUUUGUCAUAUCGUACAUGUGUUGAUCCUUUAGAGUAAGUAAUAAUAAGUACAGAAAGUAAAGACCGUUUCUUUAAGAUUUGACAGGCGUAAACACGUCCCUUUAAUUGCUUUUCUUGUAUUUUACUUGAGUACAAUAGAUAAUAGACAAAAAGGCAGAAGUACAAAGGUAUAACAACACAUUUUCUUGACGUAGAAAAGGUUUCUUUCUUACGGUUUUUCCCAAUAGGUAUUAAUCAAGACGAUAAAUGUUUAUUUAGAAUUAACACUUGUACCUUUACUCAUAACAUUUUGUUGUUUGUUUACCUUGCAGUUCAUUUUUAUACAUGUUAAUAUUCACGGAGACUUUAUCAAGCUUGUUUGCAGAGCUCUUGCGAGAUUGAUUUGUUGUAGCCCAGAAAGUGAACACUACACUCAGUGACGUGGUGAAGGCAGUAUUCUUAUAACGGUGGGCGGUUUGGCUUGACAUGACGUGAUACCUACGACCCACAUGUAUUACGUAUUUCUACUCUAUAAGUAAAUCAAUAUGCAAUACAAGUAGGUCAGGUAUAAAGAACCCGUUAAACAUUUACAGCGGGAUACGCAUUCAAUGAAAGGCACAAAGACACGUGUGUUUCGAGGUCAAGUUCACGCAGUUAGAAUGUAUAUUAAUAUAGAUUUUUUAAAGGAUUGGCAAAUUUCCAUAAACGUUCAUUUAAAAAUAAUCCUAGUUGUUGGAUAAUCGUAGAACCGUUAGACGACAUUGUUCUUAGGUGAACGUGUCUGGACAGCCCCACCUUGUCCAUAGGCUUGACCUGUUUGUUACCAGAAAGCUAUUAUAAUGUUUUGUGAGUUGGCUCGCCAACCAUAGUCAAUACAAAUAUUGCAUUUUCAUUGUACUGCUCCAUUCGUAAAAUGUCUUAGACUUGCACAUGUCCCGUUGGAUUUUUUUGUUUCGACGAUUGCUGUUGUUCCUGUACAGUACGUAAUCGAGGUUGAACUAGAUGACGGGGUUGUAUGAUUUUAGAGAUGACAUAAUUUUUGGUUGGAACAUGAAGGCUAUCUUUCCAUUUGUGAUUGCCUUGGACUUUUAGACGUCUCAUUGACUGUACGAGCAUGUACUACCGGUAUUAGGGACUUGUGUAAGUCUGGUGUUAUGUAUAUUGUCGUUGGCUGUUUGUGAUAUAUUUUGUCAGACCAUACGACUGCUGUUACAUAAGCAUAUAUAUAUAAAUAUGUAUAUAUCUGUAAGUAUAUUAAAUAUCCAUCAAGAUUGUAACAUUUCCAUGUGUAAUGCACGAGUAAGUAUCGCCAAUGUGUAUGUGUGUUAGGUAAUCAGAUAUUGACAUUUUAUGAGUGUUGGGGUGGUCAGAAUUUUAAUUCUCCUAUAAGUUAAUCCUACAGUCUUACGACUUGCACAUUCUGUCUCGUGCCAGCGAGUCAAGAUUUUCUAAAUCAAAUUUGACACCCGAGACCGUGAGUAUAGGUAUGUGGUAUAACUGUGCCAUGUGCCUAUGGAGAAGUUGUAUUUAACCCAUUUACCCCUGAAGACACAUUUGAAUUCUUCCAAUUCAAAGAUUGGAAUAGCUCAUUACAACAUUUUAGGGGUAAAUGAGUUAAGUGUUACAUACAUGGGCGAUACCUGACCGUGCCCUUGACACGGAGCAUCAAAGUGCUAACACCUAGUACUAACUUACGCUAUAUACGAUUUAACAUGAAGUGUGGUCGUCAUCUAUUGUCAUUUUAUAUUAAAUUUGUUUACAAAAAUGUUUGUAUUGGGAAAAACUGUUUAUUGUUAUGAGAAUACAACAUACUAAGCGAAACUAAA